ACAGGUGUGAAACAAUCCUGCUUAGAAUUAGCGAUGCGGUUGUGGGAUCUCAGCUGAUAGGUAGCACCUCCUCCUCAGUUGAAGAGUGAGGAAAGUGUUGGCGGAGCCAGAGGAGCUCCUGAGUGUGAUGCGUGCGAUCCGCCUGGACAACCGGCUAGCCGGCCAUCGAUUGCAUAGAGUCGGAAUUGCUGGCAACACCGUCUUUUUGCAGCCGACUAUCCCAAAUUCUGUGCAGCUGUGGAGCUUGCAUACAUUAUUCCCAAACAGCUGGCGACAAAUCUUUUGUUUGCCAGUGAAGGAAGUCUUCUAUACCUUUCCCUCAUGCUCAUAUCACAAACCAAAGCUCUACAUACUUGUGGUCGCGAUUUUUAAAGACGAGGAGUACCCACGCAUUUCCAUAUUUGAGGUAGAUAGGGACACCGGCGAAAGCAGAGAGUACAGGCUUGCAGUUGAAUCGGGACCGACAUUCGACGAGGUUCCACUGGAGAAUGCAAUUCUUGGAUGUGGCCCUGAUAGUUUGCAUAUCUAUGACAGAGGUAUAGUAAUGGGACCGAUACCAUACUGGGACAUUACGUUACAUGAGGACACAUUCACCUUGGUACGAGAUGAUAUCAAUGAUGACUCCGGCGAAAAAUGCAAUCGCUUUCCAAUCGCUAUCGACUCGGCUAAACGAGUAUUCGCCCGUCUUCGUGAUGAUCACUCUUUGGUGGUAUACAAUCCCGACACAAAAACCUGGCGACCAUACUAUCUUGCUCCAGGAUCACAUCUAAACCUGGACAGGCUGAAUGUGCGAGGCUUGCAUGAAUCAUUUGGAAGAGCUGGACGCAGAGUUGGUGCAGUCGAAUCUCCACUUACUGUUUACAGUGAUGGACCAGUGAUUGUGGCAAGGAUGAAAGCUGGGCGAAGGCAGUUUUUCUAUCGAGUUACUUUUGAUCAUGAGAAAUGUGAAUUUCUAUGCGAACAGCGUGGAUGGGCACGAUUCUCAGGAGGAGUAGAUCAAAUGUUCUAUACUAUCGUGGGAGAAAACUCGCUCAUUUUAAUCGGCAUACGAGCAGUUGCUAUUGCUCCAUUACAGCCACCCACACUAGUGGAAUGUGCUUUGAUGUCACUGCAAGAUCGACAUUGUAAGAAAGAUAGUACAGGUGCUCGCAUGGGAGGUCUUACUCCUGAGCAAAUCAAGAAAAUGGUGAACUAUCGUGGAUCAUCUCUAAUUCCUGUGUGAAUUAUUAUAUUCUCACCAUUUUCACAUGCCUGAACACCCUGCUCAGUUUUGCUAGACAAGUCUAGAAUCUCAAGUUUCUAGUCAUAAUGGAUUUAAAAUCUCAUGGGAUGAAUUGUAUAUUGCGUUGUUCAAAAAUUUGUUACAUUGACUGAAUUUUAAUACGCCUUGAGUC